ACCAUCCAGAGCUUGAGGAGUUUGGCUUUGCGCUGUUUUUGUUUGUUUGUUUUUUUCUUCUCCCCGCACAGACACACAGUGUCUAAACUGCGGGGCUGGUUGUGCUGCACGAGAGGAAAAUGGCUUUCAUAAAAAGCCCAGUGUGUUUGCUCUUCCUGGGCUCACCGCUACGUCUGAGACACUUGGAGGUGUGACCUGGGCACAGUCUUCAGAACCCAGAUGAGCUGCCCCUGAGGAGGGGUUGUCCCCGGAAAACCAUGCUCACACUCUCGCUUCUGAGCCGGGGACAUGGGAAGUUGGCCCAGAACAAACAGAGGCUGGAAGUCUAUUUUGAACCAGAGGAUUAUUUGAACUGGAAGUCCCCAGAAGAUUAUGUCCUGGUCAACCAAGCACAGGAUGAGGGCAGUGACACCCAGCACAGUUGGAGCCUCUUUCUCCCUAAAACAUUCAGCACCAGAAAGGGCGCCCUCAUCCUCUACUCAGAAGGGUUAGCCAUAUCAACAUGGACGCCUGAAGGGAAGAGAAGAAGUUCCUUUUACCCCAAAGGACACAGGAAGAGACUAAACACACUCCAGGACCUCAAAGAAGCCAUCCUGGCUUAUGGAAGAAGACAGAGGGAGCAGGACAGAGGCUGGCAACCCUAUCUCCACUUCCGAAGGCAACCAGAGAGCCAGGCCCAGCGGCACAUCCAACCUGGGUAUUCAGCCAAGAGAUACCUGCGAGGCCUCUUACGGACAUGGCCCCCUGGCACUAUGUACAGGCUUCAUUGUGCAGGAUACAUCAAGGAUUCUGUGAUACUCCAGGACAGUCAACUUAACGUACCAGAGAAUUUCAGGCCACAGCAGGAUCUUUCAGGUGUGCCCCCAAAAUACCACCUCCUGCCUGUCUUCCCUCCAUUUUGGAUUCAACAAGGAAAAUCAUUUGAACAAGGUCAGCAGGGCCUGGAUGAAGGGGAAGCUGGGGCUGGUGGACAUGUCGACCAGGACUUUGUCCCCCAGAGCCACUGCAGUCAAGGGACUCACUUGCCACCACUCGGGAAGCAGCCCUGGCAGGAAGAUGAAGCCCAGGCAGAGGACACGUCCACAGCAACUCACCGUCAUACACACACUUCAGAGGAAAGGUACAAUAAGAAAGCGCAGCCAACUUGCGGCAGGGCCUUUGGACAUGCCCUCGUGGAUCCCUCUUGGUUCCUGAGUGACAAAUCCCAAGUCACGUUCUAUGGAGGAGCCUUCCCGAGACGGAAGGCAGAUGUCAGCGGCCAGCAAAGGACUCGGCACCAACGCGAGGGCAGGAGCAGUCCCUGCCCACAGGAGCCUCCGGCUGAGCGAUGCCUUUUCCCUCCAAUAGCUCCUGCCAAAAACAAAGCAGAAGAAGUAAAGAAGAAAAAGGCACCAAAGGGUCUGAAAUUACCUCCUAUCACCAAGGAAUCACCUGGAGUGCUGGCCCCACUGAGGAGUCAAUGCAAAGUCAGUGAGCCUCCUGCAGAGCUCUUCAUCUUCCCAGUGGAGAUUCAUUUUCACACCCAUCAUCCCCUCAAAGGAAAGGCUCGAGGAGGAGGUGCUCCAAAGCUUGAGUCAGGACCAGAAAAAAAAGAGGUCAGGUCUUUCUGGAAGCCUUCCCAGAAGCCCUCAGAAAGACUGAGAAAGUGGAUGGUGCAUCUCUCAGUGGACCAGGACAAAGACACGUGGCCUCUACCAGAAAAAUCCAGUGACCCCACACAGGAGAACUUCUUGCUGGGUCCAGAUGAAGAAAAAGUCUUCCUGGGGCCUCCCCAGCCCUUGGAGCUUCUGUCCAGUGAAGCAAACACUGAAUCUGGAACCGAGCUGCACGUGAGUCUUAAUGAAACCACACCUUUGACACAAAAGGCAGAAAAGCAGAGUGCCCAGCAGUCCAUGAAGGCAGCAGCUCAGAAGACAGGAGAGCCUCAAAAUUGUAUAAAUAACGGGAUGAUAUGUUCAAACAGAAAAGAAUUUUACACACGCAAGCUGCACAUCGACAUGACGCCGUUCCUGAAGGACAGUGGAGAUGAACUGGACUAUCAUGAAGAACAAGGAGUAUCCUUCCAAGAGAGUUAUCAAGACACCAAAGACCCAGAAUCAAGGAGAAAGGCCCUGGGGCCUCUCACUGCUCCCCGCACUGAGCACACACAGACCCCAGAGGCAGACACCGUCCAAAAUAAGGGCAGAGACUACGCUACACACCAUCUCCACAGAGGACUGCCAGGACAUGGACCUGCGUCCCCAGAGAGCUUGGGUUCAGCAGAUGCAUCUCUCCUUCCAAGAGAAAAAGAAGAGAUGAGUCAGCCAAGACUGCUCCCGCCUGCCAAGGGAAUGGACUCUAUGGACAAAGCCAAGACAAAGAAGAGAACCAAGGCACAGAAGUCCAAGGCAUCCAAAGGGGGAAGAAAAGGACAGGUCCACAGGGAGACAGAGGUUACUAUAGGAAAGUCAAAGAAACCAAAGGCUGAAAAGAAAUCACACCUAGUUCCCAAAGUAAAAAAAAAAGGAGCCAAAAGAAAACGGACACGGAUGGAAAGGAAUCUGGAGACAGCAGCUGAGCUGAGUGGGUCUGAGGCCCCCAGCGAUAAGGAAGCAGGGGACACCUCUAAUGGGAGUUUCUUUCCCUGGGGCUCCGGGGCAGAGGACCCCUGGUUUCCUCCCACAGAUGAGAUUCAGGAGAGCCAAGUGUCUAUAGACAGGCAAGCAUCCCCUAGCCAGACCCUCACUGUGGCUGAGAGCGUGGCAUCUGCAGAAGACACAAGCGCUGAGGACCAUGCCAAGAGUCUCCUGGCUAAGAGGGAGCACCAGGACAGGCUGCGGGCAGAGAAGGCGGAGAAGCGACGGCUGGAGGUGGAGAGGCAGCGGCGGGAGCAGGAGGAGGAGCGGCGCCGCCAGCAGGCGCAGCUGGAGCGGGCUGAGCAGAUGAAGGCAGAGCUGGAGCUGGAACAGCAGAGGCGCGCUGAAGAGAUCCGCUUGAGGAAACAGAGACGAGAAGAAGAACAGAGGCGGCAGGAAGAGGAGGAGAGGAGGCAGAGGCUUCAGUUACAGGCUGCCCAGGAGAGAGCCCGGCAGCAGCAGGAGGAGAUCCGGAGGAAGCUGCAAGAACUGCAGAGGAAAAAGCAGCAGGAGGAAGAGGAGCGGGCCGAGGAAGAGAAGCAAAGACAGAAAGAACUGGAAAUGCAGUUAGCAGAGGAACAAAAACGUCUGAUGGAAAUGGCUGAAGAAGAGCGACUGGAGUAUCAGAGGCAGAAACAAGAAGCAGAAGAGAAGGCACGACUGGAAGCAGAGGAGAGAAGGCGAAAGGAAGAGGAGGCUGCGAGGCUGGCGCUAGAGGAUGCCAUGAAACAGGCCCAAGAAGAAGCCAGGCAAAAAUCUGCUUUGAAGAAACAUCUUCAUUUCCACCAAGAAUUUCUUAAGGAAGCUAAUGGUCUGCAGUGGACACACAACAUUUCCAGACCAUGGGUCUACUCUUAUUUCCAGUUCCUACAAAUACCCAGACCUUAAAAGCAGAAGAAAACUGAAAAGUAAGUUCGGGCAGGAACUUCUUUCUGAAUUUCAUACUAAGCCAAAUUAUUUCCAUUUCAUUUGGUUUGCCUCAAUCCACACCCACCUUCACUUUUAAGAGAGCCAUUCCCGCCUCCCUUCACACAUACUGACUCAGCCCAGUUCAACUCAACAAAAUCCUUUGUUCUUUGGAAACACAUAAAUCUAACUUUCAUAUCUAAAAUUGUCCGUAUUUCAGUAAGACUCUAGUUUUCAUUUCAGUUUAUAAGACAUUGUCUUAGAAAAGUCAACGUGUUUCAUUUUGGCCAGUAUAUCUAAAAGAUGCAAGUAUAUGGAAACUCUGCAAUUCUGAAGAGUAGGUAAUUCAUAUAUCCAUUCCUGGACCCUGUUUAAAUGUCCACUUUUAAAUGGCCCCUAAAUUUUAAUGUCUACUUACAAUAAGACAUUUUAAUGUUCACUUUAAGUUGAUAUUUGAUGAAAAGAAAAUGAGCUAUUAAAGGCUUUCCUUUACCCUCAAAGUAGAUUCUAGAGCUGCAUUUGUCCAAAAAGCAGUUACAUGUUGCUUGCUAUUUAAAACAUUCAAUUCUCCAGUCACACUAGCUACCUUUCAAAUGCUCAAGAGCCACCAUUGGUCAAAAAUUAUUCUCUCAGAUAUUUUGUCUAGAGCCCUUAAAAUGACCAAACUUGGAGUUUUCCUCCCAACUGGAACUUUUAAGAGACACUCACAAAACUCCAUUUUUAAAGCCACACUCAAAAUCAUACUUAAAGCAGUCUUUUUUUUUUUUUUCCUUUUUGGGUCACACCCGGCGUUGCACAGGGGUUACUCCUGGCUCUGCACUCAGGAAUUUCUCCUGGCGGUGCUCGAGGGACCAUAUAUGGGAUGCUGGGAAUCAAACCUGGGUUGGCCGCAUGCAAGGCAAACUCCCUACCCACUGUGUAAUUGCUCCAGCCCCAGUCUACUGUUUUUUAAAAGUCCUUUGUUUUGUUUGGGGGGGGGGUGGGUUUGGGCACAACCAGCGAUACUCAGGGACUACUCCUGGCUCUGCACUCAGGAAUUGUUUCCAGCAGUGCUCAGGAAAAUGUAUGCAGGGGGGUCAGACUGUACUAUCAUGCUGGCACCCAAAGGUCAAGCUGUUUGUAAAUGAGUUCUUUCACUCAUAUGUAAGGAAGAGUUUUGAAUGGAUCACUUGUCUUUACUAUCUUUUAGUAGUUUUAGAGGGUGAGACCUUUUAGCAAGUUAAGUUACAUAAAAAAAGGUUUUAAAGCAAUACCCCCCCCCCAAUACACAAAUUUCCUUUGGCACCUCUCUAUACUUCACUGUUCAGUUCUAAAACUUAGUUUUUACAGAUGAUGGCCUCAAAUAUUCUACUAAAGCAUGUAAAACUAUUAGCUGUCUGAAAGAAUGUACCUCUACAUAGAAUCCAGAAACUCAUUUAUUUUGUUAUUUGACUUACUUAGAUUGGAUACUUAUUUUUAUUCCCUGCUUUAAGUAAUUCAUGUUCAGUAUGAAUCAAAAUGGUCAUAACACUGAUGAACUUAAAUGAUACUUUUCUCAAGCAUGUUGACCUAUAGAAAUAAAUGUAUAAAUAAAUAAAUGUACUAUCACUUAUUCAUGUGACUUGUUUAAUAAGUCCAAUGAGAAAAAUUAAACCAAGAACAGAAGAACAAAAACUUCAGGAAAGCAUCCUUGUGGAGAACCUUAACAUUACCAAACAUAUUUUCUUCCUUCUUUAACAAGUUUAGGAUGUUGCAGUAAAGCACCAGGUAAAAGUGGCCACCUUACAUGGUAUUCAAGGUCCCUUCCAAACUUAAGUUCUAUUAAGUUGUUGCUGUGAAAUGUUAUUUUGUCAGCACUACCACACCAGAAACACUUUUUUUUUGUUUUUGCUGUUUGUGUCACACCUGGCAGUGCACAGGGGUUACUCCUGGCUCAUGCACUCAGGAAUUACUCCUGGCAGUACUCAGGGGACCAUAUGGGAUGCUGGGAAUCAAACUCGGGUCGGCCGCAGGCAAGGCAAAUGCCCUACCUGCUGUGCUAUUGCUCCAGCCCCCGAGAAGCACAUUUUUAACUUAACUCAUCGCAGAAUGUAAUGCAUUUAGAAGAGAUUAAUAAACUAUAUAUAUAUAUAUAUAUAUACAAGAAAAUUAUCUCCCCAGUAACCAAGCUCACUCAGAUGCUGAGCAUCUUUAGAGAUUAUUUUUUAAAUUAACUAUAGCAGAAUGCAAUGCAUUUAGAAAAGUCUAAUAAACUAUAUACAAGAAAAAUAUUUUUCCAGUAACCAAGCUCAUUCAGAUGCUGAGGCACCUUUAGAUAUUGAGAUCAAAGGAUACAAACUAGUCAUCAGACAGUUCAAAUGACCUAUCAGAUUUGUUCCUUGGUCCUGACAGAAAUAUGUAACUCACAGAAUAACUGAAAAGGGAGUGCAAUGUUUGAAAGGGUGAUGACUAGUCCACCCUUGGGUCCAGUGUAUAGGGAGAAGGGCAGAGAAGGAAAGAAACUGAAGAGAGAAGAAAAGAGACAAGGAACAACAAGGAACAACAUUGCUGAUGUAACGGAGUGGUACGGCUAAGCAUUUAAACCACAGUCAGCAACACUGAAAACGAGAGAUCCAAACUUCAACAACCAAACUUAAAAUGGUGCUGUCAAGAUGGCAGGCUGGGGAUGGUGGUGGGCGGUGGGUGGAAGGGAAGCUGGAAACCCUGGAGAAGCAAAGAAGACAACACUGGUGGUGGGAUUGGUACAUGAACAUAGUAUGUAAAACCCAACUCUCAAUAACUCUCUAAAUCUUGGUAGUCUAAUAAAAAUCUUUUUAACAAAAGGAAAUAUGUAGCUUAAUGAGGAUUUCCUAGAAAUGGAACUAAAUUCCUUGUUAUUAUUUACUAUAUGAUAAAUGCCAUGUGAUAGUUUAAUAGCCCUAGUUUACCUACACAAAAUAUAAGUAAAAUUAAUUUUUCAGUUAGGAUCAGAUAAAAGAACUGACACGGCAAGCCAGUUCAACAGGUGACUUGAGGGGGUAUUCUGUAGUUUAUUUUUUGCUUUUGAGAUAAAUCUGCUUUUCAUUUAUUUGGGAUGGUUUUCUGAGGACUAUAUGCAGUGCUGGACUCCGAACCAGUAUGCAAGACAAGCACCAUAGUUUGUUUUGGGUUCACACCUGGCAAUGAUGAGGGGUUACUCCUGACUCUGCACUCAGGAAUUAUCCUUGGUGGUGUUCAGGGAACCAAAUGGGAUCCCAGGGAUUGAAUCUGACUCAUCUGUAUACAAGGCAAGUGCCCUACCUGCUGAACUAUCACUUAGGGCCCGCACCUUUGUAUAUCUCAACAGCGCCUUAUUUGCUCUUCUUUUAGUUAGAAAAAUUCUAUUUGGGGUAACAAGAAUUGAACUAUGUAAUGAGUUGCUGAAACAUUACAAUUAAAAGAAAAAGGUAAGCACUCUAAUAAAGAACUUGGUAUUUUAAUUUGACACAAAAGUUUAAAUAUUUUGGAAAGAAAUGAAAGAAAAAUAUAGACAUACCAAAGCUUAACUAAGCAAAGAACAUUUUGUAAAUUGUUAAAAAGAAAAAAGAUUAUCUUAUAUAAAUCAAGUAAAAAUUUUUGUUGUGCCCAUUUAUUCAACGCAUUGGUUAACUAUCAUAGAUAUAUGCACCAUACAGGAAUAUCAAGUUUUGUUUUGUUUUAACAGAACAACGAGCAUUUAAGAUAUUGUGGCCUUAAUUAAAUCCUUAAUUCAGAAGGCACUUCAGUAACUUUCAGUGCUUCAAAGUCAAAUUUUUCAUUGUACAGUUCUGAAGAAAAAAUGUAUUUGUACCAUGUAUAAAUCAAUUUCCAGUACUAUGCAAGAAAACUGUUUAGGCAUUUUUUUCUGUACAAUUAAAAAUAAAAUGAACAUUAGUACGGUUUUUACAAAUAUUUUGUUUAUUUUAAUGAAGCUGGUACAGACAAUGUCCAUUUAAAACCCAUAUCCCAGGCCAAAAAAUACAAACAAAAUCAAAAAAGAGCAGUGUUCUGUUGUAUACACUUCUGCAGGAAUAACUUUAACUGCUAAUAAAAGAACUUUUCUGGGAUCUUCUGACAAGAUUUCUCCUUAAUCUUAAAAUGCUUUCUCUUCAGUGAAGCCAUCUUUGGAGUUAGUCAUUACUCUCAUAAUAGCUGUCAUCAUUUCCAAUCUGAUAUUCCUCUUCUUUUGGUCCAUACCCUCAGAUUUUAAAAGUAGCUUCAAGUUAAGGAAGGGUCAUUUUCCACAGUUCAGUUCUGAAAAACUUCCAUCUCCCACUGAAAGGCAUAGUCCAGGAGUGAAGCAUUCACAUGCUAGAACUUCAGGGCCAAUUGAAAAGUCAUUAUGGACACUUGCAUUGGUCGAUCUUAUUAUCACAAGCCUGAAAAUGCACAGUCCCUGCAAAAGGUGGCCUUUCUGUGCACACAAGUCAUUUUCUAAAAGGAGAGGACAAUAUGAAGGGACUGAGGUUUGAUCAUCAAAAAUCGGCACAAUGAAAACAAAUGAUAAUGAAUAAUGGGCACUAGAAUUCAAAUUACCAGAUGUUUUAAAGAGAUUGGGUGCCUGUUC